CCAGCCCUGCUCCGCAGCCGCCUGCUCGGGGCAAGCCUCCUGAUUUAAAGAAGAUACAACAGCUGUCUGAGGGGUCUAUGUUUGGCCAUGGCCUCAAGCAUCUUUUCCAUAGCCGUAGACGGUCCCGAGAACGGGAUCAUCAGAACUCCCAGGAGUCAUCACAGCAGCACCAUGGCAUGUCUGAUCAUGACUCCCCAGAUGAAAAAGAACGCUCUCCUGAGAUGCACCGAGUCUCCUAUGCCAUGUCUCUCCAUGAUCUCCCUGCCCGACCCACUGCCUUCAACAGGGUAUUACAGCAGAUCCGCUCCCGUCCUUCCAUCAAGAGGGGGACCAGUUUGCAUAGUGGCAGUCGCCGAACCAAGAGUAGCUCCCUGGAGCCCCAGAAGGGCAGCCCUCAUCUUGUCCGCAAGGCCCCCCAGGACAGCAGCCUCACAGCAAUACUUCAUCAACACCAAGGGCGGCCAAGGUCUUCAUCUACCACAGACACUGCUCUCCUUAUGGCUGAGGGAGGGACUGUUUACCUCCUCGCAGAAGAGUCAGAAUUUCUAACUGAUAAGUUGGAUAAAGGGGAUACGAGCCAGCUCAGUCUACCUUCCAACACAAGCCAUGGUGAUGCUGAUGGAAACAUUUGCCUUGAUGUUCCAGAUGGCAACCCAGACCCACAGAGGACAAAAGCUGCCAUUGACCAUCUUCACCAGAAGAUCCUCAAGAUCACUGAGCAGAUCAAGAUUGAGCAGGAGGCACGAGAUGACAAUGUGGCUGAGUAUCUGAAGCUUGCCAACAAUGCUGACAAGCAGCAGGCCUCUCGUAUCAAGCAGGUCUUUGAGAAGAAGAACCAGAAGUCAGCUCAGACCAUUGCCCAGUUGCAUAAGAAGCUUGAGCACUACCACAGAAAGCUAAAGGAAAUUGAACAAAAUGGGCCCUCCCGCCAGCCCAAAGAUGUCUUCCGGGACAUGCAUCAGGGCCUCAAGGAUGUAGGGGCCAAUGUCCGCUCCAGCAUCAGUGGCUUUGGAGGGGGCGUGGUGGAAGGUGUCAAGGGUGGACUCUCAGGCCUUUCCCAAGCCACGCAUACAGCUGUGGUCUCUAAACCUCGUGAGUUUGCAAGCUUAAUCCGCAACAAAUUUGGCAGUGCGGAUAACAUCGCCCACUUAAAGGACACGUUGGAUGACGGGCACCCCGAAGAGGCCUCACGGACUCUCAGUGGCAGUGCCACUUUAGUGUCGAGUCCCAAAUACGGUAGUGAUGAUGAGUGCUCCAGUGCCACUUCUGGCUCAGCAGCGGGUAGCAACUCAGGGGCCGGCCCUGCUGGUUUAGGCAGCCCCAAAUCUAACACCUUGGACAGUCACCACUACAGUUUUGAUACCAUCAUCGAAGAACUGCGGGAGAUAAAGGACAUUCAGUCACACCUUGAGGAUUCCAUGGAAGACCUCAAAACCCAGCUACAACGAGACUAUACUUACAUGACUCAGAGCUUGCAGGAGGAGCGUUACAGAUAUGAGCGCCUGGAAGAGCAGCUGAAUGACCUGACAGAACUUCACCAGAAUGAGAUGACCAAUCUCAAACAGGAAUUGGCUAGCAUGGAGGAGAAGGUGGCUUACCAGUCCUAUGAGAGGGCCAGGGACAUUCAGGAAGCUGUGGAAUCCUGCCUGACCCGUGUCACCAAGCUAGAGUUGCAGCAACAGCAACAGCAGGUGGUGCAGCUGGAAGGCGUGGAAAAUGCCAACGCCCGGGCUUUGCUGGGCAAAUUCAUCAACGUCAUCUUGGCCUUGAUGGCUGUGCUGCUGGUCUUCGUGUCCACCAUUGCCAAUUUCAUCACUCCUUUGAUGAAGACCCGCAUGCGUCUCCUGAGCACCACUCUGCUAGUGAUUUUCCUCUUCCUUCUCUGGAAACACUGGGACACCAUUACUUACCUCCUGGAACAUGUGCUGCUUCCUAGCUGAUUUUUCUGCCAGUCGGAUGCCUGGGUUGUGGGGCAUUGGUUUCUUCCUGCGGAGAGGGGGCGGAAACGAGGAGACUUCCAGUUCAGUUUCUUUGUUCGUUCAGAGUAUGUAACCCUCACUUGCUUUCCCGGCACAGCCAUUUUUAUACACAUCCAACACCAUCUCAGCAGUAGGGAGUGUAGUUGCAUCACGGCUUGUAUGAGGCCAAACAAUCACUCCUCUGGGAUGCAUUUUGCAAGGGAUUAUGGGGAGGCCGGUGAAGUCUAU